CCUCCCGCUCCCGCGUCGGCCCGCGCCUCCUCCCUCUCCGCAGCCGCCCCACGUACUAAGGCGCACGGGCUGCAGAGCUCUCCUCACCGCCCCGCGUCCAGCUCGCCCAGCGUCCGCGCCGCGCCUCCGGCCAAGACUUCACCAAAAUGCCCUCUCAAAUGGAACAUGCCAUGGAAACCAUGAUGUUUACGUUUCAUAAAUUUGCCGGGGAUAAAGGCUACUUAACAAAGGAGGAUCUGAGAGUACUCAUGGAAAAGGAGUUCCCUGGAUUUUUAGAAAAUCAAAAAGACCCUCUGGCAGUGGACAAAAUAAUGAAGGACCUGGACCAGUGCCGAGAUGGCAAAGUGGGCUUCCAGAGCUUCUUUUCACUAAUUGCAGGCCUCACCAUUGCGUGCAACGACUAUUUUGUAGUACACAUGAAGCAGAAGGGAAAGAAGUAGGCAGAAUCAAGCAGUGACUCCCGCCCUGACAGGAGUUCUCUCAAAGGGUCGCUUAAGGAAUCUGCCCACACCUUCCCCUGCAUAAGGAUUUCAUGGGUAGAUCAGGAUCCUUAGGAAAUGUACAGAUAAAAUCCAGCUCCCAUUUGACAAGCAAAGAAAGAAAAGUUAGCUAAAUGCCAGAUAAGCUUUUGAUUUUUAUAUUGUUUGCAUCCUCCUGCCCUCAAUAAAUAAAGUCCUUUUUUAGUUCCAAAUUUGAGACAA